UCUAACAAUGCAAUAAGAAAUAUAUACAUGAUAGCGGAUAUUCUUUAAUGUAAACAUGAUUUCAAAUGAAAGUUAUUUGCCCUAAUUUUCGACAAAUACAUUUUAGACAUGGGUUAUAAGUAAAACUUUCAGUUUUCUUUUUAAAUCACUCAUUCGGAUCAGUGAUAUGGGUAUGUCUUAUUGACUAGUUAAUAUCUUUAAAAGGCAGGAGUAAACUUUUGUAAUCGAUAUAUUUAUGAGUAAGUUUCUCUUACUUUAAAAAACAUUUGUACAAUGAAAUAACGUUUAAAGUGCUGGCUAUUCUGAAACUGACAUAACUGGUCAGCUGAUCGAUCUAACAAAAGUUUUAUUUUGGACAUAUGUUACUUUUAUGGAUUUCGCUUAACGCAGUGCAGCGGUGACGCGUGAGAUGUGGUUCACGUGCAUGUAUAUUUCCGGGAUAAAUUGGACCUGGACUUAUUAAUCUCUUAUUUAUGACAAUUUCCUUCACAGUUCAAGGAAAUCAUCGCAUAGCUGAUGAAUGUAUACAGUAUCGACAGAAACAUUGAGCUUAGCACAAUUAUACCAAACUUUGAAAAAUGCAAUAACAUUGCACUUUGAAAAGUGGGAUAUUAAAUUUUAUAGAUACUUUAUAAACUGAAUACCUUUAAUUUACCUUGACUGGAUAUAGAUAGUAUUCGAUUGAUAAAAUGUCAUAUAAUUUAUACAUCAGAUGAUCGGCUAAGUGAUUUCGAUGUCCAUAAACCGAAGAUGAAACAACGAUGUGCGUGUUUUCAUUUUGCAAUGAUAAAACUGCAGCUCAGAGUUCGGAUUUAAGAUUAACUGAUAAUAAUGAUGGGGUUAAUCCAAAUUUGAACUAUCAAUAUGUAAGAUAGAGAAGUAAAUAACGAUUAGUAUCUUUAAUGGCAUAAUCUAAUGCACUAUCUAUGGAAGAUAUGGUAUAAGGCUCCCCUGCAAACAUUAUUUUUUUCGGAAUUGUUAAAUCAAAAUUCAAAAUAUUUACGUAAAGGAUCUUUCAGUUAUAUUGUAAGUCUUGGAUAUUGUGUGAAAUAUUACUUUACAAUACAUUUACAAGACAUGGCUGUUAUUUUGGAUGUGUUUCAAUCAGUAUGUUAGUUCACAUGAAGGAUGCCAGUGCACUCUAAACCUUACGCUGGACGUGCAAGAAAUGCCCCACCAUUGCUUGGACCUAAACCCUAUCAGAAACCUCCACAACACGGACCACAUAGUGCUUGGGUAACGCCUGGGAGUCCAGUUACAAGAAAUUUCAAUAAUGAGCCUACAAAUAACGGACCAACACAUAUUGAAUCCAAUGGACCAUUAAGUAAUGAAUCCAAAAAUGACGGUCCGAUAAACAAUAAUGAGUCGUACCGUGGUUCCAGUGUGCAGUUUUCGGUACUUCGACGUCCAGCUGAAAAGAAAACGGACAAAGUUCCAAAAUCGCCACAAGUUGUGCGUUUUGGAGCGGCAGAAAUAUUCGGAAGUGAAAAGUAUGAAGAUGACGGUGCAUGUAGCAGACAACCGGAAGAAGAAGUAAAUAGUUCUGCUAUUGCAACCAAGCAGACGACAAAGCAGCCGAUAUCACCAAGUUUGAGUGGUGCUCAGGCUUUACAGGAAUGUGAGGAGUAUACAGACUGGGCUAAUGAAGUUUUAAGUCGACAUAACCUUCCUCUUAUCUCUGACCUUAGGAAGAGUAUAGGUGAUGGUUUCACCCUACCUACUAUAUUAGAGAUUAUAGGAGGUGUAUCAUUAUCGUGUGUGAAGACAAGCCCCGUGUCUAAAGAAGAGAGGGUUACUAAUAUACUUCAUUGUCUCAAGUUCCUGUGUAAACGUGGAGUAAGUGUAACAGGACUAGAACCUUCAGAUAUUGAAGAUGGGCAUUUAAAGUCAGUGUUGCAGUUAGUUGGAAAUAUAAGACAGCAUUUUAAGAACACAUAUAAACCAGAACAGAAUGGAUAUUCUAACCAUGUGCCAGACUCUCCUGAGAUAACUGUAAAAUCUCCAGUACAAACUACUAUGCCGGGAACCAUGAAACUACCGGGAGCUGUACCAACCCCUUUUGUACCUCAAGGUCAAAGAAAUAAUAAACCAGAACCAGUCAGUAGGAAGUCUGGGUAUCAUGAUGAGGAGAUAUUACCUGGUGUACUAGGCAGAGAUAUCAACAGUAAUGAUACAAACAAGCCUCAUUUUAACAUUAUUUCUACAACAGAGAUAGGCACUAAUGGUGUGGCUCAACACGGGGUAGAUGAGAGAAAACAACACUUUGCUUCCAACAGCAACAACACUUCCAACAGAGGCAUGGUGAUCAGACAUCCUAAUGCCAGAACAAAUGUUCCUGGUGUACACGAUCAGUCGGCACUACCACCCAGUGUAACACAGCGAGCAUGGACAGGAAGUCCGAGACCACAACAUAAUAAUGUAAAUGGUUCAGCAAUGAGCCCAUCUGUGGAGGACCGACUAAAGAACCUGCUUGGUAAUGGGUCCAGCCGGAGUAGCAGUCGGGAUAAUCUGGGAUAUUAUGGUGGUGGUUUUCACGGUGGAAGUAGUGAGAUUUUAGAUGACGAUGACGGAGAAAUAUUGGUUGUUCCCGGACCAAUGUCCCGUAACUCGGCUGACUUUGAGACGGCCAUGUUAGGGGAGCACGGGUAUGGUCCCGGUUAUAGACCACCCGGUACAGGCAAUCAUCACACACGACAGAGGUCACAGCAAGGUUAUGUGCCAUCCAAACCAUCGGAAAGAGUUCAAGGGUCACGAGCAGAGGUCAUUAUAAGUCGCCCUCCAUCAGCUAUUGCAUUCAGGAAGACUGCACCGUCCAGGACUACACAGGGCAUGCCAGGGUCGGUACCGGGUAACGGUCAUGAUAAUGGACCAAUCAACCAUCGUUCUCCAUCUCCCGGGAACUACGGUAACAGAGGAGGUAAUCAACCAGGUGGAGAAAAUAAAUCACCAAGUCCAUUAAAGGCUGGGAGUAAUGACUUGCGGAAUGCUUGGAAUAAAUUAUAUGGACCACAUCAGACACAACCCCCGCCUUAUGGCAGCAUGAGACGUGGAGAUCAGCUUAGAUCAUCACACGGUCAUCAAACACAACAAAGACCACCAAAUGUUAGCACACAGCAAUCUGUAUCAUUUGCCCAGCCACAGCCUCAGAUGUCUUCUAGACCUGUAUCAGCCCCUGCUCCUGCCCAUAUGCAGGCAUACUUUCAUUCACAUGAUCAACAUAGUCAAGGUCAAGGCCAGUCUCACAGUCAGGAUAACCUCGAUAACCAUGGUCAAGGGCAUAAUUAUACCUCACAUCAACGAGAAAGUCCUAUGGGUCAAAGUUCAAGCACUCAGGGACACUUGAAUGAAUCAUCAUCUAGUCAACAGAGUCGGCUAUCACAGGAGCAGGUUCCUAAACAUUUACAAGUUCAAACUUCAACAGACAAUAAUUAUGGGAAAUUAAGUCAAAGUUCACACUCAAGUUUAAGUCAGCCAAGUCCAAAUAGUCCAGGGAGCCCUAACUAUGCUAUAGGGCCAGCAUCAAAAUAUCCAGAUAACCCUGGAAGUCGGCCUACGUCUGCUAGGAAACCGACCGGACCUACGAACCCUGCAAGUCCUCAACAGAGACAGAAUAGACCAAGAUUGCCUCUACCACACCAGUCAAAUGAUCAAAUUGUUAGAAAUGAUCUCAGAUAUCCUAACAAACAUCAAAAUAACUUUCCAGAAGAUCUCACUACAGCUCUACAAGCUGCUAGUAAAGAACAUAAGAAUUUGGGUGGAUAUAGUUUUGAUGAUUCUCAUGAUAGAUCACAUGACCAGUCACAUGACAUGUCUCUUGAUUUUCAAAAUCGUAGCAUUUUUGACUACAAUGUUCCCUCUCGCAGUGAGAGUACUGGUUCAGUCACACCUCCAUUACCUCCCUUGUCCCCAACCAACACACCUCCAGAUUCGCCACAAAUGGAGUUAAAUUCAAACUUGCCAAGGUCAUUAAGUGCUACCAAUGUGUCUUCUGCUUUUAACAAGUUUGAAGAAGCAGACAGAAAAACUCUAUCGAAAAAGAAGCACAGAAGAACAUCAGAAGUAAAUUACAGAAUGGAAAGGCAAUCCAAGGGAAAGAAAUUAAAGAAUAAAGCAUUUCAUGCCAGAGGUGCUAGUCUAAAUGAUGUAAUGGAAUCGGGUACCGACACAGAAAGCAAUCUUUCAUUUGAUAUUGAUGAUACAAUACUCACUGUGGAAUCUCACGACACCGAGCAACCUCAUCCUGCUGGAGAUAUCUUAUCCUCGCCGGAGGUCACGACCCUUCGUGACCAACUCCAUAACUUUUUAGGUUCAAAAAACCAUGAUUUUCGGGGGAAUAUCAACAAAAGAUUUCAAAGACUAGAGUCACAUGUAGUGACUCUAGCAAGGAGUGUUGCUCACUUAUCUUCAGAAUUACGUACCCAUAAUACUAUGGUGAAUGACCUUGAAACAGUGAAACGUGAGCUGCGUGAGUUAAGAGAAAAUCCGUCCCGUCCUUUCCCAAAUAUGAUUGACAGAACCAUGGCUGAACAAGAGAGAUUUCGAGACUGGGUCCCGUCCCUCACAAACCCUAAACGAGUUAAUAAACUCACAAAAUUCUUUGGCUCUGAACCACCAUUGUUGGAAUUAUUUCUUGAGAAACUAGGAUAUAAGAAAUACGUAAGUAAUUUCCAAUCGGAGCAUAUAGGAAUGAUUGAAUUACCAUACAUGACAGAGGACCGUCUGGAGAAGAUAGGGGUACCAAUGGGGGCCCCGAUACGAAAAUACAGAAAACUCAAAAACUUUUUCCGUUUACAAUGUACAAAAGGUGUAUGUAAUGUGACAAUUGAGGAGGCCUGCCCACAGAGUUAA